AUGCAGAUUUUGUCUGCAAAUCCUUUCAUACUGUUCAAUUAUAAGUUGAAAAUUAGAAGAAAGCACUUUCCAGUUGGAGCAGAGCAACAUAUGGAGAUAUCUUUCAGAAAAUUAGCCAGUUUAGAAGAGGUUGUUUUAGUACAUGAGAGGCAGUUUGAGGCAUUUCCUACUCAGAUGAAUAGAGAAAGGUUGCACAAGGUUAAGGCAGAAAUGAUUAAGUAUCUUGCUGUGGAAGAAGAAUUUUGGAAGCAGAAAGCAGGCAUGUUAUGGUUUAAAGAUGGGGAUAGAAACACAAAGUUCUUUCAUGCUCAAGUGAGGGGUAGAAGAAAGAAAUUACAGCUGAGAAGGAUACAGAAUAACAUGGGCAUCUGGAUAGAGGAGGAGGAGCAAAUUGCAGAAGAAGCAGUCAGCUUUUACAAGGACCAAUUCACAGAAUCAGUAGUACCUUCAACCUUUCACAUCAUUGAUCAUGUUCCAACUUUGGUGGAGGAAGAGCAAAAUGCAAGAUUAACUGAGUUACCAACAAAAGAGGAAGUCAGAAAGGCAGUAUAUGGAUUGAAUGGGGAUUCAGCAGGAGGACCUGAUGGCUUUACUGGGGCUUUUUAUCACACAUGUUGGGAUAUUGUUGGAGAGGAUAUUUAUGCAAUGGCUGGCUUUGUAAAAGGCAGGAGUAUUGUAGAGAAUAUAUUGCUUACCCAGGAGAUCAUUACUGAUAUUAGAUUAAGAACUAAGGCUGGUCCUAAUGUGGUAAUGAAACUGGACAUGACCAAGGCAUAUGAUAGGUUGUCUUGGCUUUUCUUAACAAAAGUGUUGAGAAAGCUAGGCUUCUGUGAGAGGUUCAUUGGCAUGAUUUUUGAUUUGGUAGGGAAUAACUG